AUGCGCGACACGAAAGCAACUUCCCCUCCUUGGGUUGGCAAAUUCUUCAACAUUGUCAACCCGAACCACCGUCAUGAUGAAGCGCACGAACAAGAGACCGACAGAAAAAGAACAGAAAUCGCCAAAUCCCAUCGCUUCGAAUCCUUUGCUCCGAUUCGGGAGGGUAACAAGGUGAAGUGGUAUGUUGAUGCGCUAGACUAUCUUUGGGCUGUUUCUAUCGCUCUCGAAAAUGCGAAGGAGGUCAUCUACAUCGAAGACUGGUGGCUUUCCCCGGAGUUAUUCCUACGCAGACCCGCGUAUCAGACUCAGGAAUGGCGACUGGACCAGGUACUGAAGCGUCGUGCGGAAGCGGGAGUGAAGAUCUACGUGAUCGUAUACAAGGAGGUCAACCAAGCACUGACUUGUAACUCGGCCCAUACGAAACACGCGUUGCGCAAUCUCUGUCCAGAAGGUACUCCUGGCCAUGGAAACAUCAAGAUCCUACGUCAUCCGGAUCACAACAUCUUUGAGAAUGCAGCUGACAUGACCUUGUACUGGGCCCAUCACGAGAAGUUCAUUGUUAUUGACUAUGCCCUGGCAUUCAUUGGAGGCAUUGAUCUAUGCUUUGGGAGAUGGGAUGCUAACCAGCAUCCUCUGGCCGAUGUUCACCCAGCCAAUAUGAGAGACGAAGUCUUUCCAGGACAGGAUUUUAACAAUAAUCGCAUCAUGGACUUUCAGAGUGUUGCACAAUGGCAAGCAAACGAACUCAGCAAGGCGGACUAUGGCCGAAUGCCCUGGCAUGAUGUGGCCAUGGGUCUUAUGGGUGACUGUGUUUAUGACAUUGCUGAGCACUUUGUCCUACGGUGGAACUUCAUCAAGCGCGAUAAGUACAAGCGCGAUAAAACUGUUGAUUGGCUGAUGCUGGAGGGCCGUCUAGGCGAAGAUGAGGACCUGGUCGCGGUGCAGCGGCCUAAGUACCCCUGCGGUGACUAUGUUCAGCAUCCUUAUGAGCCUCUAACCUCGAAGCCCCGUGGAGCCCAAGGCAGUGCGCGGGCACAAAUUGUGCGCAGCAGUGCUGACUGGAGUAGCGGUAUCUUGACUGAGCACAGUAUCCAGAACGCUUACAAGGAGAUCAUCAGCAAAGCUGAACACUACGUCUACAUUGAGAAUCAAUUCUUCAUCACGGCCACUGGAGAUCAACAGAAGCCUGUACUCAACACAAUUGGACGCGCAAUCGUUGAUGCUUGCGUCCGUGCUUCCAGAGAAGGAAGAAAGUUCCGGGUGAUCAUUGUGAUUCCGGCCAUUCCCGGAUUUGCAGGAGAUCUUAGACAGCCUGAAGCAACAGGCACCCGGGCGAUCAUGGAUUACCAGUAUAAGUCGAUCAAUCGUGGCGAGCACUCAAUCUUCGGCCAACUCAGGCAUCAUGGCGUCGAUCCUGAACAACACAUCUUUGUUUUCAAUCUGCGUGCAUAUGAUCGUAUCAACAAAACCCCUGCUCUGGAAGCACUUGAGAAAGAAGCGGGUGUGACAUACAAUGACAUCCAACGUGGAAUUGCGGAGACCAUCAUGAGUGACAGUGUUCAUCCUUCCAUUGGUGAAGAGGGCGAUAAGGGCGAAGUUGGCUAUGACAACGCGCAGAAAGAAAAAGAAGAGCGGCUUGCAAAAUUGAGGCGAUAUGAGGAGCAGGCCGAGCGCCACAAGCCCGAAUACCAACCCUCCAGCAAGGAUACGGUUGCCCACACAACUAUGCUAAACGGUGGCAAGAUGUCUGAUGAGCCUUGGGAGGGUGAAGCGGAGGCUGAAAAGGCCAACUUCGUCCAGGAAGAGCUUUAUGUCCAUGGCAAGGUGUGCAUUGUAGAUGACAGAGUUGCUAUUUGCGGCAGUGCCAACAUCAACGAUCGGUCGCAACUUGGAUAUCAUGAUAGCGAACUGGCUAUCGUUGUGGAGGACCAGGACUUCAUUGACAGCAUGAUGGAUGGCAAGCCAUUUAAGGCCGGUCGUGUAGCCGCUACCCUCCGGCGGCAGCUCUGGAGGGAACACCUUGGGCUGCUCCCAGCACAGGAUUAUGACGCUUCGCAAAGCCCCAAUGCGCAGCCACCAAAUGUUUGCAUGAACCAGAUCCUCGAGGGACCUGAGAACAGUUUUGUUACGGAUCCUAUGAGCGACCCGCUCUGGGAGAUGUGGACCGGACGGGCGACUACCAACACCGAGAUAUAUCGAAUGCUCUUCCGCGCUGACCCGGACGACGACAUCAAGAAUUUCGACGAAUACGACAGUUUUAGACCCCGUGGCAACCACAAGCAGGGACACUUGUAUGACCCGUAUCAGCCUGUCAAGGACGUCCGGGAGAAGUUGGAUAAGAUUAAAGGUCAUUUAGUUUGGAUGCCUCUUCGGUUCUUGGAAGACGCCAAUAUGGCCGAGCCCGGGCUGCAGGUUAACCAGAUCACCGAGAGUAUCUAUACCUGA